AUUACGGACACACGGGCACCCCGUCUCCUCUUCUUUCUCUGUGUCUCUGUCUCCUCACCAAAGAACCGCAACUAGGAACGGCUCGCCACAGAAGAACGUACGGCUAUGAAGACGAGGCGCGGUGCCUGCUACUCCUGCCAUGCGGCGCCGGGCGAGGGCCCGGAGGUGCAACGCCGGAAGAGGCGCAGGACGGCGGCCGAGGCAUCGCCGGCGGCUGCCGAAGAUCCAGGUGUCCGCCUGGGCGCCAGAGACAUGUUCGAGGAUCUGCCCGACGAUCUCGUCGUCUCCAUACUGAGGGACGUCGCCGCGUCCGCCGGCUCGCCGGCCGAUCUCGCCGGCGCCAUGCUCACGUGCAAGAGAUUCAGGGAGCUAGUAGCGCGGAGCAAGGUGGUGGUGCUCGCGCGGGCGUCGCCGCGGUGCCUCUCGGUGCGCGCCAAGGCCUGGUCGGACGAGGCGCACCGGUUCCUGCAGCGCUGCGCCGACGCCGGCAACCUCGAAGCCUGCUACCUUCUCGGCAUGAUUCGGUUCUACUGCCUGGGGAGCCGCGGCUCGGGCGCGGCGCUGAUGGCGGCGGCGGCGGUGGGCGGGCACCGCGAGGCGCUGUACUCGCUGGCCGUGAUCCAGUUCAACGGCAGCGGCGGCGGGAAGGACGACCGCGACCUCCGCGCCGGAGCCGCGCUGUGCGCGCGCGCGGCGGCGCGGGGCCACGUGGACGCGCUCCGCGAGCUGGGGCACUGCCUGCAGGACGGCUACGGCGUGCGCCGGUCCGUGCUGGACGGGCGGCGCCUCCUCAUCCAGGCGAACGCGCGCGAGCUCGCGGCCGCCUCGGUGGCGCACCCGUGCCUCCUCAUGAGCGACCUGGGGUGCCGCGCCGGCGAGGCGCACGCGGCCAACCGGUUCCUGGUGGACUGGUUCGCGUCGCGGCCGCUGGGCUUGACGCCCGGCGGCAACGGCAACGGCAGCGCCGGGACGGCGGGCUCGCCGGAGGAGGACGGCGUUGGCGGUCUCCGGCUGUGCUCGCAGGCGCUGUGCGGGCGGCCCGAGACGCGGCGGCACGAGUUCAGGCGGUGCUCGGUGUGCGGCGUGGUGAACUACUGCUCCCGCGCGUGCCAGGCGCUGCACUGGAGGAUGGCGCACAAGGCGGAGUGCACGCCCAUGGACCGGUGGCUCGACGCGGUGCAGCCCAACGCCAUCGCCAAUGCGGACGCGGCGGCCCCGGCGCCGUGACGUUCUCCGUUACUAUAUAUGUCAGUUAGCGGCCGGCCGUUUCUCUGUUUUGCCUUUUGCGUCGUUCUCUGAACCUGCGUACGUACAUGGUUUGUUGGCAAAUGCUGAUGUAACGUUCUUCUGGCGCGGGCGAUACGUAGAACAUAGGCAGUGAAAUUUUUU